CAGCCUUAAAUCAUCAGAGACUCAAACAUGAACGCCCGUCACUCUCUGAUCUGCUUCUUCUUCCUCACACUGAGGGAUGGAAACAGUGGGCUCACCAACGCACAGAACCCCCUCCGUACAGAAACUGAAGGAGAAAACAUCACAGUUGCAUGCUCCUUUUCUUUCUCUGGAGGAAGGAAGAUGUUCUGUAAGGGAAAAUGUGAAGAAGGAAACAUCCUGGUAGAAACGACCGGAGACUCAGCUCAGAGAGGCAGAUACAGCAUCAGAUAUGUGGAAGGGUCUGUAUUAUCUGUAAUUGUGUAUGUGAGCAUCACAAAGCUGACUAAGUCUGACACAGGACGGUACCAAUGUGGUCUGGUCAGAUCUCUCCUCUCUGACUCAUACCAGGACUUUGAGAUCAGUGUUAAAGAUGCUCCAACCUCUUCAAAACCAGAAGUGACUCCCCGACCUUUUCCAACAUCAGCCUCCACACUGACCACCACCCAGAGUCUGAGCUCCGUACCUUCAUCAGCCUCCCCUGAAUCCACCACCCAGAGUCUGAGCUCCGUACCUUCAUCAGCCUCCCCUGAAUCCACCACCCAGAGUCUGAGCUCUGUACCUUCCUCAGCCUCCCCUGAAUGCAUCACGCAGCCUCAACAGGGACAGAGAGAUCCAGAUGGACCAGGUGUGGUGCUGUACGCUGGUCUGAUUCUGCUCGGCAUGUUCAUCGUAUUAUCCGUUACAUUGCUGAUAUUCUGCAGGAAGAGAGCCAGGAAAGAAACUCCUAUGGAAACUGAGUAUGUUUCUGAUGCAGAGAAUAACCAACUGUAUGAGGAGAUCAGAGAGGAGGACAGAGGGAGCAGUUCUCCUCCUGCAGAAACAUCCACCAUUUACUCCUACGCCAAACUAAACCAACCGAACGGAGUCGAAUCCACAGACGAGUACAGCUUAGUCACUGCAGCCACUUCUCAGAAGGAAACUAAAGAUGACCCGGCUAAUCUCAACUACUCGGAGGUGGAUUCUUCCAACAGUGGCGCUGCCCCGCUCCACAGCGCCCCCUGUGGCUACACAGAUAACGCCCUCUACUCAGAUCCUCGGGUAGCACAGAGCUCCGACGUUAGCCACGCAGAAGACGCUUCACCUGCUCUUUACUCCACUGUUUCUUUACAUCAGAUGUAGCUUCAAAUCUGUCAUUUCCAAAUGUACUUUCUCAGUGACCGACUGAUGAACACAAAGCUGUGUAAUUAGGCAUUUAAAAUGUAAUCUGGUAAAUAACUUAAAGGUCUCCUAUCAUGCAAAAUGCACUUUUUAAUGU